CUCACAAGUACGUCACUUCCGGGAUGUAUGGUAGAGCAAAAUGACAGCUGGUUUGUUUUUAUCACAAGGAAAAUUCAAAGUAGACAUUAAAGUGUCAUGUGGUGAACGCCCUCCAAGUCCUCUGUUUUCGGGCCUGUCCAGAGCAAAUCCUGGCAACUGACCAAAGAUUGACCAGCAUUUCUUCUGGACACAUCUGUCAGCCCCACCAGCCACUCUGGAGCCAUCAGUACAACCACAGAAGAAGACAGCGAGUAGUGAUAGUGGUCAAAUCAAGGGAAACGUCUCUUCAGCUGAGGGGGGGGGCUGUUCAACGGGACGGAGCCAUGCAGCCUCCAGAGGAGACGGAGGGCCGUUCCUUUGUGGAGGUGAUGAGUGAAAAGUACAGCCCAGAGAACUUUCCGUACCGGAGAGGGCCUGGUAUGGGGGUGGUGGUGGUGCCCACCACAGGUCCUCAGGGUUCCCCUAUGAAAGACCGUCUGAACCUACCCAGUAUGCUGGUGUUGAAUAGCUGUGGGAUCCGUAGGGCAGGAGACCAGGCUGAGAUUGCUGCCUUCUGUGCCCAUGUCAUUGAGCUGGACCUGUCACAUAACAAUCUGCAGAACUGGCAUGAGAUCAGUAAAAUCGUGUCCAACAUCCCCAACCUGGAGUUCCUGAACCUGAGCUCCAACCCCCUGGCAGGAAUGACCCUUGAGCCGCAGUGUGCUGAGGCCUUUUCCCGGGUCCGACGCCUCGUCCUCAACAACACCCAAGUGUCUUGGGACACCGUGGUGCGACUCACCAGGGAGAUACCUGAGCUGGAGGAGUUGUUCCUGUGCCUUAACGAGUACAGUAGUGUGAGUACCUCCAGUGUGGCCUGCCCCUCCUUGCGCCUGCUUCAUAUCACCGACAACAGCCUCCAGGACUGGGCCGAAGUCCGCAAGUUUGGCUCCAUGUUCCCCGGCCUGGACACUCUGGUCAUGGCCAACAACAACUUGGCCUCCAUUCAGGACGGCAAGGACAUCCUGCAGCGGCUCUUCCCAAACCUACGCAGCAUCAACCUGCACAACUCAGGUCUCAACCGAUGGGCCGACAUUGAGAAGCUGAACUUCUUCCCUAAGUUGGAGGAAGUGCGACUGCAGGGCAUUCCCUUACUGCAGACCUACACCAACGUAGAGCGACGCAGCCUCAUGAUAGCACAUCUCCCUUCAAUAUCACUGCUAAAUGGCAGUGUUGUGACUGAUAGUGAGAGAGAGGACGCAGAGAGGUUCUUCAUUCGUUACCACUUAGACUACCCUGAGGAGGAGCUGCCUUACAGAUACCAUUGCCUGGUAACCAAGUACGGGAAGCUGGAACCACUUGCUGAGAUUGACCUCCGACCUCGCUGCCGUGCCCAGGUGGAGGUUCACUGUGAGGGAAAAGUGGAACAGUCAGAGGCUCACAAUGAGGACUGCAACUUCUGUGAAACCUUCCGCUGUGAAAGACUAAUCGAUCAAACACAUCAUGGGAUUCCACAUUUUGUGCAGCAUCCUCUCGGACCAAAGAAGCUCCAGCUCCACUCACCUGACAGAGCCAGACUUCCUGUUGCCACCAAUUCAAGAUCAACGAACGAAGGCUUAACUCUAAACAUCCGUUUGGACCAGACAGUUGCUGAGCUGAAGAAGCAGCUGACAACAGUGGUCCAGCUGUCCACCAGCAACAUGAGGAUCUAUUACAUCGACAAGUUCAGCGCCUUCGGUCCGGAGGAAAUGAAGUACAACACCCGGGCUCUCCACUCCUACAGCAUCCAAGACGGUGAUGAAAUACUGGUGGUGCCCAAGACCAAGUGAACAGCUGGUGUCCUACUGGCUGAUUAGAGUGACUUAUUAAUUGAUUGAUUUAUAGGAUUAUUUGUUGAUUGGUUAACUGACAUCACAAAAUAACUGUGAAAUGCAUAUGGAACAGAAUCAGCGGCCCACUUGGAAUGGAGAGAGUAAAACAAGAAAGUGAUGGGAACACCUUCAUGAAGACUGCAUGGUGGACUACAGUGGGUCACUGGGAGGCUCUGGCUGGAAAUGCAGCCAGUCUGGAGUGAAUUUUGUCUUAAUUUGUUUCAAGGUUUUUUUUGAGGGGCAUCCACUGGAUCUGUCACACUGGAGAGAGCAACUCUCAGUCAGCUAGAAGCUUAAACAGAGGAGAGGGCACUGCUGUACAGGCGGAGCAGCUCUGUCUUUUAGUACACGGCAUGUAAUAGUACCUGCAUAGGCAAGCAUCCAACCCCAGUGGCUUGACCUCUUGUCGCAAAAGUACCCUGGUUAUUAGUGAGGCAGCGCUGCUGAGCGGAGAGGGACUGCUACGUUUAAUGGCUCUUUUAAAGUGGGCACAAUAUCAGCAACAGCAGCAGCAGCAGCAGUUAUAGGAAAAAACAGUUAAUGCAGGGGGUGGUGAUGAAAUUAGCAUUUUUUGGGUCCAUUUUCUUGUUUUUUUCUCCAUAUCUCUGUGGAUAAUUGUCAAAGUUAGAAGAUGCUACAUCACAUUGAGAUCAUUUUACAAAAUACCAAUAACAAAAAGCAAGGGAUUCUUUCUGGAGCCGUAAUGACAAUCAACAAUCUCUACAAAAUUUAUUAUAGAAACUGCAGAUUUUAAAUCCUAAAAGAUCCCUCCAGAGGUUUUAAGACUACUACUACUGUACUCGCUUUGAAUAAUUUGUGUCUAAAAUGUUUUUUCCGCAAACAAGUUAGAAAUGGUUAAAUAUAUUUCGUCCUUCUCCCUCAUUCAAAUUCCAGAAUCUAUGAAUGUGCUAAUAUUGUUCAUUACAUUCAUUACAUUAACGGUCAACUGCUGGAGUUUCCACGUCACAUCCACAUCAUUUUUGGCUGGAUGGGGACUUUAAAGAAAGUGGAAAUAGGUGAGGCAGGUUAAGAAAAAAUCAAAAAGUAAAAUUACACCCAGUUGAUGAUAAUAUGUCUUUAGGAGUGCAAUGAUCCUAAAUUGAUGAUAUCUAACAGUGUAAACUUUCUGAUGUUUUCCUCAUCCUGUAUGGGGUACCGGUACCGUUCCCUAUAUAACCAGAGUGAGAGCUGUGUCAGUAUUCUUGGCAGGAAGUCACAUUUUCAGUGGGUGUCCGUCAGGGUGGUCCCUUUUCACCCAUUCUGUUUGUGGAUAGUAUGUCUAGGUGCAGCCGGGGUGGAGGAGAGUGUCCGAUUUGUGGACCUGCUCUUUGCAGAUGAUGUGAUUCUGUUUGCUUCAUCAGACUGUGACCUUUAACACGCACUGGGGCAGUUUGCAGUCGAAUGUGAAGUGGUCGCGAGUCUGAGGCCAUGGUUCUCCAGCAGAAAACGGUGGAUUGCGCCCUACAGCUUAAGAGUGAGUUGCUGCCCCAAUCAAAGGAGAUCAGGUAUCUCGGGGUCUUGUUCAUGCAUGAGGGUGAAAUGGAGGCAUUAGAUGGACAGGCGGAUUAUUGCUGUGUCAGCAGUAAUGCUGGCGUUGGACUAGCCUAUUGUGGUCCCUCAUUUAGCUUACAUGGCUAUGUGAUUGUAGUAGUUUUUGCUGUUAUCUAUUUCAGAUAAUUAUUUAUGCUUUUAAGAGGUUAGCAUUCCAUUUUUUCAGUGCUCCAUUUUUUUGCUCUUGUUUUACGGACCUUUAAAUGUUUAAUCAUAUUUAUUUUCCAAGAUUAAUAUAAUUAGUAAUUUUCCUUGAACAGGCACUGAUCUCAGUUCAACGGUGCAUGUGAACGCACCGUUGAACUGCCCGUUAUUCAGUGAAACAUUCCUUUAUGCCUACAUCAGUGUUUCAUCUGCUCCACAUUAGUGUAGUCAUUUCACUCUAUCCUGCACAGAAAUACUUCCACCAAAGAUAGCUCAUUAGAGUAUUAUUAUUAUGUGGAAUAUAUACAAUAUGUAUUGAUUUUAUUAUACAGCCUCCAUCUUGUAUGAGAGGAGCAUUGAUGUUUGAUGGUUUUGACUUGUUCUAUAGCAAGCAAUUUAGCAGAAUAGGGGAUUCCCGACAGUGCCCAAUGUUAUGGCUAUAGACACUGUUGAUUUUCAAGCCACAAAAUUAAAUAUUCACAUGUAGGGGUAGUUUGGAAACAAACGUGUGUACCCUCAGUUCAUCCACUGCUGAUAGAAAACUCAGCUUUUCUGAUUUUACAUCCCAGAUAUCAAUAUCUUAAGUGUGUAAAUGCAACAUUAUAUCCCUCCUUAAUGUUAUAAUUUACCAGUUUUAUUUCAUAACACAACUGCUAUACUUGAAUAUUUGAAGGUGUGGUAUAAUAAGACCAAGGAGUAAGGAGGUGUAGCAAUGACACUCAGCAGGUUAGAUGAAAAGAGUUACAGGGACCUGUCUCCCCCGUUUUAUCACAGUAGUGCUGAUUAAAUGUUAGAGUAGCAUGAACCACAGCCAUAGCAACCAGCACGGAGAGAGGCAGCAGUGCUGACACCUACUUAAGUUAUAGUAUCUGUGCUGAUCAGUGUGAGAUUUGUUUGAAGUGUGGUGUGUAAUUGUUUGCAGGGUGGGUGGUUUUUUGGUAUGCAUGUUAUUAAUUGACUAUGUGUUUGCAAGGACAGUGGUCACUAUGCCUGCUUAGAUGUAUGGAAUAUGAACUUGAUGGAAAUUUAUUUUACAUUAAGCCCAAGGAAAAUAUUUGUAAAUUUAUUGUUACCAUCUAGAUUUUGUUUUUUUUAAGAGUAGUAUGUUUUCAUGUUAUUUGUUGUGUCUGUUAAUUUCCUCUGGAACAUUAUUAGAUUAGUUAUUAGAAGUUUAACAAAAAACGCAUCAGGAGUGUGUGGUUUGAUUGGAUUUGAUUGACAGUGGGCUAGCAUCACCUUUUUCCAACAGAAACCCGCCCAUUCAGAACAGUGAGAAGAACCAAAAUAAACCAAGAAUACAGAGACUUCUCAUGUGAAAUAACAUGAUGAUAAUUGUUCUAACUUUGGAAGACAGUGAUGCGUGUAAACAAAACCUCAUUGCUCAUAGUAACAAGCUGAAAACAAGGUUAAAAUUCCACCCCAACACCCUUUAACACAUAUUGGCCCUGUAUAGAUUUUAUUUGGUCAUUGUGUUGUUUUGUGUUUUAAUUGUUAAAACAUCUGGUUUUGCUAUCAGUCCCACAGAAUCAUACUGUGAGGCCUUUGUGAGUCGCCUUUUAUUUGUCAACAGUUUUACAGGGAGACAUCAUCAGAUAGGAAGAGAUAAUAAUUCCACCAGCAGUAGCCUCAAUAGACCAGAAUGCAUUACAACCACCGGACGUGUGGUGAUUGUAGUUUUGAGUAAGAAGUGAAUCGCUUUUUGUUAAACUGCCGCUCUGCUGCCACCAUCACCAUCACUCUAAUUGCUUUCUCCACUUUCACGCAUAAUCCAGAGAUAAAUAUGACAUUUAAAGCGAUGCUGUACUUUCACAUUUUGUAAAAUAGGCUUAUGUGCUUUCUUGGAGAGAAUUAGAUAAAAAGGUCGAUGUCUGUAAUAAUAUGCCAAAAUAAUGCCAAAUAUGAAGCUGGGGGACACUUAGCUUAGCAUUAAGUCUGGGUGAAAACAGUGGGCAAACAGCUAGCCUGGCUCUAAAGGUAACUAAAUCUGGCUGGCUAAAACUGAUUAAUAAACAUGUUAUACCAUGUUUGUUUAAUCCUUUCAAAAACUCAAGUGUAAAUAUGGUUGCGAUUUAACAGGGGUUUAUUUGCUGGACUAUUUCUGGCCUGGCCUGGCCUGGCCUGGCGCACUUUCUGGAGUCUACACUUUUAAAUAGUUUACCACAUAACCCCCAUAAGUAAAACCACAACUAGUCAUGUACUGUAUACACUUAUGAGCUUUGGAGGAGCAUGUGGAUUGUGAUACCUUUGUAUUGGACCAGGCUAGUUGUUUUCCUGUUUCAAGUUGUUGUGUUCAGCUAACCAAGCUGUAGCUUCAUAUUUAGCCUGCAGACAUAAGAGUGGUGUUAAUCUUCUAACUCACUGCCAGACAGCAAAUAAGCAUAUUUCCAAAAAUAUCACUGUUGCUUCAAAUGAGUCGAGUUUUUUUUUAUGAAUGAAAUAAUUAAUUGAAGUAGUCGAACACCUCCUGAUGAGUAACUGAGGGUGAUCCAGUAUAACCCAUUACCUCCCUCUCUACUCCUCAAAACCAGCGCGGUCUGUUUGUAUUGUAAGAAACAACUAAGCAAAUGAGAAGCCGAAGACCUGUUUCAAAAACAGAAAAACUCUUCUGUUAGAUUAGGGCUUGCCUGCUGAAAUGGAGAUCAUUUAUACAUUGAAAAGCUCCAUAUUUCCUCUGCUUAGAUAAAUACUCGACACAUAAUGCUAGACAUCUGGCAGCUUCAACACAGCACAUCCUGUUUGAAAGGAAACCUGUGGAACUAAAUAGAUACUUGCUACUGGGUAUAUCAGUAAAUACACUGCUUGAGUCAUCAUCUGCCGCUAAAAGUAGUGCACCAGAGCUCACAUGGAUUUCAGAAGGCUGUAUUUGUCUUUAAUUAUAGUGUUAUAGAUUUUUGGUUGGACUAAAUGUGCAGAUUUUAUCCCGCUCAGAUUUACACACCAGUAUUUAAGCUAAUCAAUUCACUCAACUAUAUGUAACACGGGACUGUUCAUAAUCUGUGGCAAUUAAAGCAUAAUCAUUUUUUGUAGGAAUCUAUAUGAAGUAUUAAAUGGAACAGAAUGAAUCAUCUUUCUUGUAUAAGUAUAAGUGGAGAAAGACGCGUCACUGAAUGGUAAUAAACGACAGUUUCCCUCCUCA